GAUGAGCCGUUUAUGCCAAAGAUGGAAAACGCCACCCUUAAGGCUGAACUCGGGCGCGCCUCCUGGAAACUUUUCCACACAAUUUUGGCGCGCUAUCCGAUGGAACCAUCUGCCAGCCAGAGACAAAUCACCCAUGACUACUUGCUUUUGUUUGCUCAAGUCUACCCGUGCGGCGACUGUGCGAGACACUUCAACAAGUUGAUCACGCAAUACCCGCCACAGCUCACGAACCGUAACACGGCAUCGGUAUGGGGCUGCGAUUUGCACAACAAGGUCAAUAAGCGGUUGGAAAAGGAGAUGUAUGACUGCGCAAACAUCCUAGAGGACUAUGACUGUGGCUGCGGUGCUGAUGAA